UUUUCAUCACACAAUACACGGUGUGUUGUACACGGACCAACAGGUAGCUGAGGAUUUAUCUGUAUUUCUCUGUACUGCAAUCACGGGUGACAUCUCAAGGCCGGCUUUUUGAAUGUUUCGGGCACCUGCUGUACACCUAGCUAUCUAACCGUACACAGAGAAAUAUAUCUCUACUUCGUUUUUAUGGCUUCUUUGACCCGUUUGAGGAAUUUAUUAUUGGCUGACACGGGAGAUGUAAUACCUUUGGAGCACAUUAGUUGAUUGUGACGUAGUUGGUGUACGGAAACUAUUAAGUGUUUGUUUUACGACAGCUACUAUUUACCUAGGUCGUCAGAAGCCAGGUUAUUACAAAUGAGGCCACAAAUGUUUCAAUUUUAAAUCGAUUCAGCCAAUCUCCACAAACCGCUUUGGGAGAAAUUAUUGUACCCGUGAGUGCCAUAAAAGAGGAAAGCACGUGUGUUCCUAGGUAAAAUAAAUGAUUGAAUACCUGGAAUCUGGAACAUCUUAGACGUCUAAUAAUAAAGGCCAUACACAGAUGACGGUGAACACACAGAGACUUUCAGACGUUCAGGAAAGACUAGAAAAACUUCUCACAGACAAAAAAUGUCUCAACUCAAAAGUCACUUCCGACGCAUUUUCAGGAUUCAAAGCGGCUGUCAGCAAGGUAAAAGCUGGACAGACAGCCGAUAUCGGCUCCUCUUUAAAGAAGCUGGAAAUAAGCCUCAAAGGUGAAGGAUCCUACAAGAAUGUCAAGGUCGGGUUUGAAGCUGCCAAGACCGAUAUAAAUGAGAUUUUAGGUGCACAUGAAUCCCCCUCCAGAGUUAAGCCUUCCCUCAAAGCUACUCAACAGCCAGGAAACUCUAAACAAGCUAACCCUCGUGCCGUCACGGUAACACUCUCCAACAGUCACGCCCGCCAAAAACUGCGUGCCGGGGGACCCGGAUACCAAAGGCCGCACAUAGAGCCAGACGCUCCCCCCACAAUACGGACCCGAAGACCACCUGUGGAGAUAAAGGGAUCCCUGACCAAGAACCCAGGACCUGAGGAAAUGUCAUCAUUAAAUAAGACAAUCUCUCGAUUGUUUAAUCAUUUGGAAAUCAACAAACUCUCAAAGGAGAGUGAUAUCAAACCAUCCACUAAAGUACGUCACCCUCGCCGGUCACCUAGCCCCCAUCGACGUCACAAACGCGAGGAAUAUGACGUCAAAGAACUUCUGCAGAGACUUCAAACAUUUGAAGAUGAACUUCAGAGGAGGAGGGAAAAACAAAACGAAGAUAUACUCAGUUUACAAGCUCAGAUUCAGAAGUAUAAAAUCCAGGCUGCAGACCAAUCAAAAGAACUGGAGAGAUUACGUGGGAUCCAUUCUAUCACCAACAAGGCUAAAGGGAGACAUGUAGGAAUGAUUGAAGAGAGGUACCAAGAGGAGAAGAAAGACUUCGAAACAAGAAUGAAAGAGCUUGAAAAUCAACUGAAAAAGAAGUACGAAAGUGCAAUACAAGAAAAAGAGGACACAGAAAACACUCUCCGGAAAGACCUUAAUAAACUAAAGAAAGAAAUCCAAAAGGUGGGAAGUUUAAGUUCCGGUGUAAAGACCUCCAAAAGGCCACGAUACAGGACAGAAACUGACCAGUUUGAUGUAGGAGAACUCGUGUCCACUCUGGACAUUGUGGCAAAGGACUUACAAAGUCACCAAGACAAGAACAAAGGAAUAGAAGAAGAUUCCACCGUCUGGAAGAGUAAUUAUUUAGAAUUGGAGAAGGAGAUAAAUAGAUUUUGUCACGAUAUAUCGCCGUCUCUUCGGAACAAUUCAAAGAAUAUAAGCACUCUCCGACCUGGCUCUAAUUCGGUGGCGGCCCUUCAGUCCCUCUUAGAGGAAACCAGAACAAAUGUUGUUAGCCGACUGCAGAAAAUGGAGGAAAAAGACAGGAUUUUACAGGAACAGGACCAACAAAUCAGCAGACUCCGCGAGUCCAGCUCUCUGUUGAGUCAGUUGGUCAGCGAGAUUGAAGCUUCCUUUAAACAACUUCCAUCAAAUGCACACCGUAGUGAAAGCACAUUGUCUGUUCGAAGCAGCUCCAAUCUUAGAUCUAUAGAAAUGUUAAAGCACAUACGACUGUACAUUAAUGAUUCUCUUAGUGCAACGGUGGGAAAAGACAAAAACCUCCGGGAAGUAGAGAACGAUUUAGCGGCUCUGGAGAGUCGCAUCAUGAAUCUGGACACAGGGGUUACGCCCACUUAUACUGAAGACAAUAUACACGGAGACACGCCCACUCCUACCCGACAGCUGUCAAUCGUCAGUCAAAGUCACGAGGGCGUGACUGAGUCGUGUAGCAAGCUGCUUAAAAAACUGGAUGUCGUACAAAUAGGAUUUGUACAGAUUCAGACACAGAAUAAACAAAUGGUCAAUGAAAUAAACUCCCUGAAGAAAGCAUCAGAUUCGUUAGCUAAGACCAAACAAGACCUAGAGGGGAUUUGUAAAGUUUUGGACGUGUCGCUGCGGGACGUGGAUACCUCCAAUAUUUCUCACGUGGUGAGGGUCUGUAAAUCAGGGGCGGAGUCAAAGGUCAAGGAAGUGGACAUUAAGGAGGGGAUAAUUCAGAGGACAAGAUCAGACUUGGACAGACUGAGGGAAGAUAUACACAACUUAUGGGAAUACGUCAGCGACGACAACUCUGGCACGCCAGGGGGAGACAAAUCUGACAGAACUGCCUCUCGAUCCAGUAACAAAAAACAAUCUACCUCGGUCAAGGCCACGCCCUCACGCCCCUCCACCAAGGAGGAAAUGGACCAGAUUCUAAGACAAUUCAAUAAACUGAAGGGAGAAAACUCUACCUUAUAUGCGACAUUACAAGAAAAAGAUGGCACCGUGAUUGAUGCAGAGAGCAAACUGAAAGUAGAAAGAACGCACCUUGCUCAGCAGGUCAAGGACAGAGACGAGAAGCUGGCACAAACUCUUAUAGAGUGUGAAAGUUUAAAAACGGAACUUAAUAAGGCCGUUUCUGAGAAAGAGAAAGCAGAAGAAAAUGCAGAAAAAGAAAAAUCAAGUUUACACAAACUCAAAGACCAGCUAGUAGAAUUGGAGGAAGAAUUCACAAAGGUCAAGGACACAUAUGAAGCGCGAGUGGAUGACCUUCAGAAGAAACUCCGAGAGUCUGCGGAGGAGUCUGAUAAACUCUCCAAAGAAAACCAGAAUCUGCUCACAAGACUGAGCUCUGUGGCCAGUGCACAGCUAACAGACGGUAACCCCUCCAUAGCUGACCUCAGUGAUAUCAACAGGCCCACGAAGAUCGCCGAGAAAUUCUCCGAACUUUACGACAAUGAAUGGACGGAAGCAUUCGAGGCGCUGACGGGUCAAUAUCAUAUGAGUGAGAAGGAAGCAGUAGACUCCCUGCUGAGGAUCCUUAAGGAUUGUUACAACUUUGGUAAAGUGGCCGCCAGUGGCCAGUUAUCCGAGCUCCACAAAGUUCUCCUGAUGCUGCACACUUCCGGCAGGACACGAGAAACGCUUGUAUUGUCUAGUAUUAAAAAGUUAUCGAAAGAGGAAAUAAAAGCGGUCAAAGAUUUAAGAAAGACUUGUGCUGUCCACGCAACAAGGGCAGUGUUAAAGUUGUUCAAUGACACUCCCGAUGGGCGGACCGUGCUCAGUGACUCCCAGCAGUUGUCCUGUUCAAGUUUCAUCUCCAGGGCCGUGGAGCUGUGCUGGUUCAUGAAUGUCCAGGACCCGCCUCUAGCAAUCACGUGGUCUGUCAAGCCCGGCGAGAGCUGCGACACCUCGCGGUAUAAACAGUUCACACAUUCCGGUCAGUUCGUGGAGUUCCUCGUUUGGCCUCCCCUGUACUUAUUUAAGGACGGGCACCUGCUCAGUAAGGGUGUGGUUCAGUGUAUAUGACUAAUGUUCUAAACUUUUCAUUCACAAUAACAAUUUGCCAAAAGUGGAUGUAUUUCUAUAUACUUUGUUCUGUUAAUUGUUCUGUGAAAUAAUAAAUAUAGAUUUUUA